GAUCUUGCAUAUCAAAGAAGUAUAAAGAAAUACAAGGUAUAAACUGUGGGACUCCCCAAGGCUCCAAGCCACUUAUAGAACCUUAACACUAAGCCAUUUUAGCUGAACUAGUUUCUGUUCUACACUUAUCAACAAGUUUGAGCUUUCAGUCACAGCAUUGGAAUGGAGAAUGAUGAGGUGAUUCUAUUGGACUUCUGGCCUAGCAUGUUUGGCAUGAGGGUCAGGGUUGCACUAGCUGAGAAGGAGAUCAAAUACGAGUACAAGGAAGAAGACUUGUUUACCGGUAAAAGUCCUCUCCUUCCGAAGAUGAAUCCGGUCCACAAGAAAAUCCCGGUUUUGGUUCACAACGGAAAACCUGUUUGUGAAUCUCUCGUUGUAGUCGAGUACAUCGAUGAAAUCUGGAAGGACAAAGCUCCUUUGUUAUCAUCUGAUCCUUAUGAAAGAGCACAAGCUAGGUUUUGGGCUGCCUACACUGACAAGUUGUAUGAUUUUGGGACAAGAAUAUGGACAGCCACAAAAGAAGAGUUUGCGGGAGGUAAGAAGGACUUGCUAGAUCCACUCAAGUUACUGGAGGAAGCUGCACUGGGAGACAAGCCCUAUUUUGGAGGGGAAAGUUUCGGUUUUGUGGAUGUUGCCCUUAUUGGGUUCUAUACCUGGUUUUAUACGUAUGAGACCAUUGGAAACUUCAGCAUCGAGGCCGAGUGCCCAAAGCUUGUUGCUUGGGGUAAGAGAUGCAUGCAGAGGGAUAGGGUCUCGAAAUCUCUAGCUGACCCUCAUAAGAUCUGUGAGGUACUACUAGAAUUCAGAAAGAAUCGUGGAUUAGAAUAAACAUGUUCACGUGCUUCAGAAUCCAUUAAAAGGCACUUAGUUCUGCCUGUUGGAGUAUGAAAUAGAUCUGUUAUUCUAGGAAUAAAGACGAUUGUCAAGUGCUGCCUUGUCGAGUCAAAGUAUUGUCUAUGUAAUUCUGCUGCCGCUUCUUUUUGGACUGAAAAGUGAUUGCUUGAAAGUAAAAUCCUACUAUAUACCAUCAGGAUGUGAAUAAUAUGAACAAAUGUGGUGUUCUUAUCUUAA